AUGGCCGAGUUAGGGAAUUUGAGGAGGCAGGAGAUCUUUCUCAGUAUCAAAAGGUACUUGGGCAUGGCUGUCCAAGCCACUUAUAGAUUAGAAGAGGCAGCUAACGAACAGAGCAGGACCUUAGAGCUCGAGCGUGACAAGCACUUGGAUGCUACGCGAGCCCUUAAAAACUUCGAGGCCGAUCUUUUGAAAGCAAGGGAGGAUCUGAAGGAGAUGACAAGGGCCCGAGAUAGCACUGAAUCAGGCCUAGCUUGCGCUCAAAAACAGGCCGAAAGCCAGACGAGGUGCCUACUCGAGACUGAGGAUCAGCUGAAGAUUGCCAAGGAGCAAAUCGUUGAUCUAAAGAAGAAGCUGGCCGAGGCAGAGGGGGCCAAGAACGUCGCGGAGAGGGCCAGGGAUGAAGCCUUGAGGGCUAAGGCAGAGGCGGAGUUCGCCAGGACGGAGGCCGAGAGCUCCAAGGAGAAAGCCAAAGAGGAGGCUUAUGACUUGGGAGUGGCUGAGACCCAGGCCACUCUCGAGGCUCAAGUACCUGGGGUAUGCAGGCUCUAUUGUUCCCAGGUUUGGAAUGAAGCCCUUAAACAAGCUGGGGUUGAGGUGUCAUCCGAACUGUGGAAGGUGGAGAAUGUAUACUACCCUCCUGCCAUCCGGGAAAAUGCCCCCGCUAGCUCCGAGGCUGAGGUUGCUCCUGAGGAGGCUGAAACUGCUCGGCCUGAAGCUACUCUGGCCAUAACCACUCCUAACGAGCCAGCUAAGGAGAGUGAGCUUUCUAGGGCAACCGAAACAAAUGAAGGCUCGAACCCUGAAGCGCCCUAG